AUGGAACAAACUAUUCAAAUAAUUCAAUUUGGCGGAUUUUUCGCAUCUCAGCUGACUAAUGGACUGCUCUUGUACCUUUUGUGCAGAAAAACGAGUAAGCAAUUCGGACGGUACCGUGUUCUAAUGAUAUCCUUCUCCUUGUCGGCAAUGAUGUAUUCGGUUUUGGAUUUUUUGACUUUACCGAUCUUCGUUUGCAAAGAACGAUCCUUCUGCAUUGUCUCGAGCGGCAUGUUUACUCAUGACAAAUAUAUCGGAUUCCCACUCAUUGCAACUACCAGUGGUUGCUUUGGCUUGUGCCUUUCUGUGUUGGCUCUGCAGUUCUUCUACAGAUACAUCGCAAUUUGCAAACCAGAAAAAUUGCACAUUUUCAAUGGAAAAUCAAUUUUCUACACAAGCUCUCCGUGUUUUGUGCUCCUAUUUCUAUGUCUUAUCCAAGCAUGGUUCUUUAUGAAACCUGUACCGGAAACUCAACUUCAUUAUCAGAAAAUUUUCCGAGAAAGUUUCGAUAUGGAUUCUUUUGACGUAGCAUUUGUGGCUAUGAAAUACAAGUCAUCUCCGACUGAAUCUAUCCCGGAACAUUGGAAUAUACAACAAGUGUUUGGCUUUUUAUUUUGUGUAGUUAUAAUGCAGAGCUGUGUAUUUGCCAUAUUGUUCUGUGGUCUUCGCACAUUUUUCUACAUGAAAAAGUUCAGCUUCACAAUGAGCCAGAAAACUAAGGAACUUCAUCGGCAACUUUUCUUCACACUUACUCUUCAGACCCUACUCCCUGGUAUAACUAUGUUCAUCCCAGUGGGAAGCCUCAUUGCGUUACCAUUUUUUGGUGUGGACUUAGGGCUUGAAGUCAACAAAAUUGGAGCAUUUCUCGGAGUAUAUCCUGCGUUGGAUCCAUUGAUUGCAAUUUUUUUGAUCACUGAUUUUCGAAACUUUGUUUUAUGUCUUGAAAAACGCACGGCGUACAAAAUUGCCGCAGGGUUGACGGGGAUUGAGAGCUCUACGGCAAGACGUUCUUCAAGUAUGAAUCAAUUACGAUAA